UCCAAAAAAGAACAAGCAAUGGCUCAGAGGUUGAGAUAAAUCGCUUUGUGAAACCCUAAUUGUAGAUAAGCACUUUUAACGAAGCAGUUGUGAGAAAGCGCGAAUGAGUUGACUAUGUAAAUCAUCAGGUCAUGUAAUCGAGCGUUGAGAGAGGAAGGUGACUGAUAAGACAAAACUGCAGCUUAUCACACUCACUAUCCAGGGGAUGAGAUCGAAUUACACCAUAUUCACGAGCUUGGUUCAACAGCUUUAUUCCCUUCUUUCUAGAUGAACAUUCUAGAUGAACAUUCCUUACCACCUCCCCAUCCCAGAAUUUCACAUGACAAGUAUCCAUCACUAUUGAGAUCGACAAAACAGCUUCAAUGCCUGUCACCCAAUCCCGAGUCGAAACAAUGGUCUGUGGAGAAGAGAGAACUAUAGCUCAUCGAAGUUCACCUCAUCCAGCAGCCAAACUGUUGCAUCGCAGGGCGAACCUGUCGCUUCCUCUGGACCCUUGGAUCGAACACCAGCAAUGCGUGGACCAGCCGUUGAGUAGGCACCGGUGAGUAGGCUCCUAGGACACAUACGGAAGUCCUAAGCCUUCGUGGCGCCCGCAUGCUCUUGGACUAACACAUGCCAUUGCCUUUGUUCGCUCCCGCAAUUUUCUAGUCAAAUGGACCAGUAGGCAGCGUCGAGGCCAAUGUGAAUGUUGUCAUGUGAAGCUGGCUGUGAGUUUGUUGAACAGUUUCAAGAAGGCGUAAUCAUGGUGCGCUUUUUCAAUUACGUUGAGUCUUAAUACAUCGCCCCACUUCGAAGACAUUGCUGUGAUCUAUUUGAUAACUAUGCAGUCCGUUUUUGUGAAUGUGUGAGAGGGUGGUGUUUUCAGUGCCGCUGUUGCAAGCCAUUCUGAGAAUCGACGAGUUAAGAGACGGAGUUUCGAAAGUUCUGUCCGUGUAGAUGGCGGCGCCUUCGCAGUUUCAACGUUGGCAACAAAAUUUAGAAAGUGGAAUGUGCAAGUAUCAUUGCAUCGUGUCCAAGAUUGAGUUUCUUGGAUCUCAUCACCAUUUUGAAGCUGUUUCAGAGCAACCGGCAGCGAGUGUAGAAAAGGAAGUAGAGAGAAAAUGCUGGCGCGGUUUAACGAAAUUGAUAACCGUGUACGGAAACAUUUUUUUAACAAGUGGCAAGAAGCAGACCAAAUUUGUGUGCAUUUCAACUUCGAAUGUAGUCACACCUGAACAAGAUGGAAGAUCUUUCAAUGUAAAGGAAGCAAACAAGGUAUCUCUUUAACCUCAACAAAGGUAUUCUUUUCGAACCCUUCUUAAUCAACGUUGUGUCAAAAUUAAUUUCCAUUAAGAAUGAGCAGCUUCGCCUCAAGAGACUCCGUUCUUUUUAACACCAAGUUGACAGUAGACCUGCAAGCUAACGAACACAACAUAACAAAUUAAAAAGUAAGCAUAAUAACACAAGUAAGAAAAUGAAGGUGUGAUGGUUCUUGUGUGGUAUAUUGAAAAUAAGUGCCAUAGCUAUUAUGCAAUUUGGACUUUGUUUGAAAGAUUUGACAAAUAUUCUUUAACUUAAAUUUUUUUAAAUUGGUUUUUUUGUAAUUUUAUUUUAAUUUUAUUUUAUAUAUUUUAAAAAUACCUUAAUUAGAUAUCAACAGCUUCAACUCUUUUUUUAAAAUAAAUUAUUAUUUUUUAAUAUGUAUAUUUAAUUAUAAAAUUUAAUUAAACAAUUCCAAAUCAAAUCUUAGAUAUUAUUCUACAAUUUUGUCUAUUAUGUCUUUUGUUAAUUUUUUUGAUACUUACAAAUAAUACUUUAAAAUAUAAAGUUUUAUUAUUUAAUUUUUUAUUUAUUUGUUUGGUUUUUCAUUUUGAUGGAAAAUAGCAUAAAUGAUAUUUUUUUAGUUUUAUUAUAUUCUUUUUAUAUAUCAAACUAGUUAUUAACUGCUUAAACACUAGAAGUACAAAUUAAAUAAAAAU